AUCGUUAAAGAGACCGGACAGGCGUCUGCUGGCUGGUCGAAGUUUUGCGCAGCCGGUAUUGUUCUUCCGUCGCGCCUAAAGAAUGAGUGGCGUGCACAAAAAUCGUUUGCGCUGGUAAAUCUAUCAAUUAAAUAAAUAAGAUAUGUUGUGAAGUGAAGAUAUGUUUACAAUAUGUCGUCUGUCGUGGAAAAUAAGACAGGGGCUGUUAGUACAUCAACCUCUGCGGGUAAUAGUGCCUCAUCCCUCUAGAAUCCAAAGUCGAGGAAUGGAGGGUGGUCAAAAACCUACCAUCGAAUACCAGGGCCUACCACCCCCUAAGGGUCUCUAUCAUCCGAACAAUGAGAAGGAGGCUUGCGGGGUCGGUUUCAUCGUCAACAUCAACGGCAUAGCUUCACACAAACUGAUCACUGAUGCAGCGACCAUUUCAAAGCGGAUGGAGCACCGCGGUGCUUGUGCCUGUGACAACAGUACUGGAGAUGGGGCUGGGGUCACGGCUGCCAUACCCCACUCCUUUUACUCCCACAUCCUCAUGAAAGACGUAGGUAUCACACUUCCUCCAAAAGGAAAAUACGCGACGGGUAUCAUGUUCCUUGACCACAGCACAUCCCAAGCGGCAGAAAAAUCCUUUGAAAACUUAGCCAAAGAGCUUCACUUGGAGGUUCUUUGCUGGCGUGACGUUCCAGUCAACAGUUCAAUCUUGGGCUACGUCGCCAAAGCCAAUGAACCCCUUAUGAGGCAGGCAUUCAUCGUCGCACCUAACAUGGAUCCAUCCACAUUCCGCAGAGAAGUUUUUGUGCUGCGAAAAUAUGCAACACAUAAAAUUCCCACCUCAGACCUUCGCUUUUACAUUUGCAGCUUAUCAACAGAAACUGUUGUUUAUAAAGGUCAGUUGACAUCCACUCAACUGUGGGAUUAUUUCCAUGACCUGCAGCAUCCAUCUUUUGAGACUUAUUUAGCUUUAGUUCAUGCCAGAUUCUCAACAAACACCUUUCCCAGUUGGGAGAGAGCUCACCCAAUGAGAAUGUUGGCUCAUAAUGGUGAAAUCAACACUCUUCGAGGAAAUAUAAACUUGAUGAGAGCGAGAGAAGGUGUUAUGGAAAGCAAAUUGUUUGGUGAAGAGCUCCACAAGUUGUAUCCUGUUGUGGAACCAAACCUUUCAGAUUCCGGAUGUGCUGAUAAUGUCCUGGAAUUCCUCGUUAUGGCCGGAGAAAGAACUCUGCCUGAGGCUGUGAUGACAAUGGUACCAGAAGCAUGGCAAAAUGAUGAUUUAAUGCAUCCAGAUAAGAAAGCAUUCUACCGAUGGAGUGGCUGUGUUAUGGAACCAUGGGACGGUCCAGCUUUACUGACAUUCACUGAUGGUAGACUAAUUGGUGCUAUUUUGGACAGAAAUGGAUUAAGGCCUUCUCGAUACUACUUAACAAAAGAUAACCAUAUGAUAAUGGCCAGUGAAGUUGGUGUACUGGAUGUUGAACUAUCCAACAUUGCUCAAAAGGGUAGACUGAGGCCUGGUCGUAUGCUUCUAGUCGACACAGAAAAUCAUCUUUUCAUCAAGGAUGAAGAUCUAAAACUUCAAAUUUCAAGGAAACGACCUCUGGAAAAAUGGCUACAGGAAAUGUUCACUUUGGAAGAUCUCCAUGAUGCUGGAUUCGCUGCUGGCCACCAUGCUAGUCAUCCAAAGCUUGAUCCCAACAAGAGAACUACGAGCCUUGCAGUUGAAGACAGGAGACUCGCACUAUUUGCCUACACAAUUGAGACCAUAAACAUGCUGAUCGUUCCCAUGGUGGACACUCAAAAAGAAGCUCUCGGCUCUAUGGGAAAUGAUGCCCCUCUUGCAUGCCUCUCCCUUUAUCAACCCCUGAUCUAUGACUACUUCAAGCAGCUUUUUGCUCAAGUCACCAAUCCACCCAUCGAUCCAUUCAGAGAAAGAAUCGUCAUGUCGCUAUCAUGCCCUAUUGGUCCUGCGGCCAACAUUCUGGAGCCAAGUGCUCAACAGUGCUGUCGUCUGUACUUAAAUCAACCUAUACUUUCCUUAAAAGAUAUUGCAGCUUUAAAAGCCACAACUUACAAAGGAUGGAAAACAAAAGUGAUUGAUAUAGUUUACCCUGUGGGAGAAAAAGCAAAAGGAUUGUUGCCAGCUCUGAACAAGAUACGUGAAGAAGCAUGUGCUGCCGCUGAACAGGGAUACUCCUUGGUCAUACUUUCAGACAGAAAAGCUGGACGCGAUUACAUACCAGUCAGUGGGUUACUUGCACUGGGAGCAACUCAUCACUACCUCAUCAACAAACUUCAGCGAAUGAAAGUUGGAUUGAUUCUCGAAACGGGUGAAGCCAGAGAAGUUCAUCACAUGUGUGUCCUCUUGGGAUAUGGUGCAGAUGCCAUCUGUCCUUAUUUGGUAUUUGAAAGUAUGGCUGAGCUGCAAGGGGAAGGUGUCAUUAACGAAUCUUUGACAGAAGAUCAGAUCUUCAAGAAUUAUGUUGAAGCGGUUGAGCGUGGAAUUGCCAAAGUUAUGGCAAAAAUGGGAAUUUCAACUUUACAAAGUUACAAGGGAGCUCAAAUUUUUGAAGCAGUUGGUUUAAGUGAAGAAGUUGUUGAUUUCUGUUUCAAAAACACACCAUCCAGGAUUGGUGGAGUCACCUUCAAGACCCUUGCUGAGGAGAACUUGGAAAGAUAUCGCAUUGCUUACAGCGACAGAGACUGUGACAACAUCGUACUGCGAAAUCCUGGCAACUACCACUGGAGAAGCGGGGGAGAGAAGCAUAUCAAUGAUCCCUUGGCUAUUGCAAAUCUGCAGGAUGCAGCAAGAUCAAACAAUAAGAACGCAUUUGAAAAAUUCGUCGAAGCAACCAUGGAUAAUGUGCGAGCUUGUACUCUUAGAGGUCAAUUUGAGUUUGUUAAAGUACCGAAUCCUAUUGACAUUGGAGAGGUUGAGGAAGCAAAAGAAAUUGUUAAGAGGUUUGCAACUGGUGCAAUGAGCUUUGGGAGCAUAUCAUUGGAAGCACAUAAGAGCCUGGCCAUUGCAAUGAACAGAGUGGGUGGAAAGUCCAAUACAGGAGAAGGGGGAGAAGAUCCUGACAGAUUCGUCAUCACAGAUUCUAACAAUAAUGCCAGAUCAGCUAUUAAACAGGUUGCAUCUGGACGUUUUGGAGUAACUAUUGAAUACCUAACAAAUGCUGAUGAAUUGCAAAUCAAAAUGGCACAAGGUGCAAAACCAGGAGAAGGGGGUGAACUCCCAGGAUAUAAGGUUUCUAAAGAUAUUGCUAAAACUAGACAUUCCAUAGCCGGAGUUGGUUUAAUAAGUCCUCCACCUCAUCAUGACAUUUACUCUAUUGAAGAUUUAGCAGAGCUUAUAUACGACUUGAAGUGUGCUAAUCCAUCAGCCAGAAUAUCCGUUAAACUGGUGUCUGAAGUUGGAGUUGGUGUUGUUGCUUCUGGUGUUGCCAAGGGAAAAGCUGAACAUAUUACCAUAUCUGGCCAUGAUGGAGGAACUGGUGCCAGUAGCUGGACAGGAAUCAAAGGGGCAGGUCUACCCUGGGAACUGGGCAUUGCAGAAACACAUCAAACCCUUGUCCAAAAUGACCUGCGUUCAAGAAUUGUUCUACAAGCCGAUGGACAAAUUCGAACUGGAUUCGACGUGGUGGUUGCUGCCAUUCUGGGAGCCGAUGAAUUUGGCUUUUCCACAGCGCCUUUGAUCGUCCUCGGCUGCACAAUGAUGAGGAAGUGCCAUCUCAACACUUGCCCCGUCGGCAUAGCGACACAGGAUCCUGAAUUGAGAAAAAAGUUUGAAGGGAAACCCGAACACGUCGUGAAUUACCUCUUCAUGUUAGCUGAAAGUGUGAGAUCAAUAAUGGCUUCACUUGGUAUCAAGAAAUUCCAAGAUUUGAUUGGACGAACAGAUUUGUUGAAAGUUUUCAAUAACAAAAGCAAUCCAAAAGCCCAGAUGUUAGAUUACUCUGCUAUUCUGAUGGAUGCAUUAUCAUUCCGGCCUGGGACAAACAUCGUUGGAGGAUCCUUGAAACAAGAUUUCCUAUUAGAAAAUAGAAUAGACAAUUUACUAAUAAAACAGGCGGCAGAUGUCUUAGAAAAACGCAAGAAAGAUGUUACGAUUCAUAUGGACAUCACCAAUGUUGAUAGAACUUUUGGAGCUACUCUUAGCUAUCACAUUGCAAAAAAAUAUGGAUCGCAAGGCCUACCAGAAAAUAGCAUUAAGAUUAAAUUAGAAGGUUCUGCUGGCCAAAGUUUUUGCGCAUUUUUAGCUCCCGGAAUCUGCGUUGAACUGGAAGGUGACGCAAAUGAUUACGUGGGAAAGGGUCUGUCAGGUGGAACAGUCAUAGUUUAUCCACCCCGGCACCUCCCCCAAGAUUUCAAGUCAGAAGAGAACAUCAUUGUAGGCAAUGUCUGUCUGUAUGGUGCAACAUCUGGAAAAGCCUUCUUCAGAGGCAUCGCUGCCGAACGUUUCUGUGUGAGAAAUUCUGGUGCUACAGCUGUCGUUGAGGGUGUUGGUGAUCACGGGUGCGAGUACAUGACUGGAGGGUAUUGCCUAAUUCUUGGACCAACUGGCCGAAACUUUGCUGCCGGCAUGUCUGGAGGUAUUGCCUAUGUGCUGGAUGAAAAACGUAUCCUGGAGUCUCGAAGCAACUUGAUGAUGGUUGAUCUUCUACCUCUUCAGCAGUCAGAAGAUCUAAAUUUCGUUGAAAAUGUACUGAAAGAGUUUUAUGAGAAAACUGGAUCUGCUGUCGCACAAAGAUUAUUGUCCAAUUGGCCUACUUCUGCUAAAUUAUUUGUCAAGGUAUUCCCUAAAGAGUACCAACGUGCCUUACGCCAAGCAGCGGAAGAGGCUACUCUUACGAAUGGACCUGUCCCCACUCCCCCUGCACCCAUUAGAGAUAUUGAAGAUGUCAUCCCUGACAAGCUGGAUAAAGUUAGGGGUUUCAUGAAGUACCCACGCAACACCAGACCCUAUCGUGAUCCCAAGGAACGCCAAAAAGAUUGGGAUGAAGUGUAUGAUUUUAAGAGUGUCAGAAAGACUGUAAAAGUGCAAGCAUCCAGAUGCAUGGAAUGCGGAGUUCCGUUUUGUCAAUCUAGUCAUGGCUGCCCACUUGGCAAUAUUAUUCCAAAAUGGAAUGAUUUAGUCUACAAGGAUGAUUGGAGAGAAGCGUUGAAUCAGCUGUUGCAGACCAACAACUUUCCAGAAUUUACUGGUCGUGUUUGCCCAGCACCUUGUGAAGGUGCAUGUGUUUUGGGAAUUAAUGAACCUCCAGUGAACAUCAAACAUAUUGAAUGUGCAAUCAUCGACAACGCUUACGAUAAAGGAUGGAUGAUACCCCAGAUUCCUGCUAUCAGAACUGGCAAGAAGAUUGCCAUCAUCGGAGGUGGGCCUUCUGGGCUGGCAGCGGCCGCACAGCUUAACAAGGCUGGCCAUACAGUGAAUGUGUAUGAAAGGAAUGAUAGAGUAGGUGGACUAUUACAAUAUGGUAUUCCAACUAUGAAACUCAGCAAGGAGGUGGUUAAGAGGCGUGUUGAUCUUUUGACUGAAGAAGGCAUUGUUUUUCACACUAAUGUGAAUAUUGGAAAGGAUAUGUCUGCCAAAGAUCUCAUUCAAGACAAUGAUGCUGUGUUGUUGAGCGUGGGGGCAACUUGGCCAAGAGACUUACCCAUUCCUGGGCGUGAGCUGAAGGGAAUUCAUUUUGCGAUGAAGUUUUUGGAGACAUGGCAGAAACAUCAACUUGGAAACAAGAUUGAUUACAAUCAGCUUCAUGCAAAAGAUAAGGAUGUUGUUAUCAUUGGUGGUGGAGACACUGGCUGCGACUGUAUUGCUACAUCACUCAGACAAGGUGCCAAGAGUAUAGUAUCAUUUGAAAUCCUACCAGAACCCCCAGAAGGCAGAGCUGAUGAUAACCCUUGGCCACAGUGGCCAAAGGUUUUUAGAGUGGACUAUGGCCAUCAAGAAGUACAGCAAAAGUUUGGUAAAGAUCCCAGAAAUUAUCUUAUCUUGAGUGAGAAAUUCUUGGAUGAUGGAAAGGGUAAUGUUUCUGGAAUAAACACUGUUCAGGUAGAAUGGAAGAAAGACUCCUCUGGAAACUGGAAGAUGGAAAAAGUGCCCGGAUCAGAGAAAGUCUUCAAGGCUGAUCUAGUUAUGCUUGCCAUGGGAUUCUUGGGACCAGAGCAAUACUUAUUGGAUGAUUUUGGUGUAGAGCAAGACCCAAGAAAAAAUGUAGCAACACCAAAAGGAAACUAUCGCACUUCAAUACCAAAAGUUUAUGCAGCUGGUGACUGUAGACGGGGUCAAUCGUUGGUUGUACAUGCCAUAUCCGAAGGGCGGCAGGCCGCCCGCCAAAUAGAUGCUGAUCUGAUGAAGAGUUCCUCUCUGGCUGGACCUGGAGGAGUCAUUCCAUUCGUCAGUCAACUCUCUGUAGCCGCCUAAUUAAUCCCUUUGCUUAGUUCCAUGGGGAAGACAUAAAAUUGUCUAUAUAUCAUAGUUUAACAACAAAAAGGAUAUUUAGUGGAUUGCUGUUUUUGUUGUAUUGCGAUGGAAUUAUUUUAAAAUACUGAAAGGUCACAUUCAAUGGCAGAAUAUAUCUUAGAAUAUCUCGUAUUUGUGUAUUCAACAUUCUUUUUGUUUCUUAACCUAUUUAAAGAAAAAAAGUAAUAGAAUAGCUCAUCAUGUCAUGGUUUAUAAAUAGUUUCCAUAAAUACCCAAUUGCAAGGUUUAACUGCUUGAGCAGAUUUUUUUUCUAAAAAAAAUCUUUUAGAAUAAUAUGCACUUACUUUUCUCACAUCUGCAGGUAUUGUAAAAAAAAAAAUUGAAAAUGGUUGGAAGAAAAAAUAUUUCAGCAUUUUAAAUUGCAGUUCUUACAGUCUUCCAAUGUUGGUGCUGGUGAGGCAAGAUCGUUUGCACUUGCUACUAGAUCGAGUGCACUUCUUAAGUUAAUGCAAAAUAUAAGCCAUGAAAUCUAGUUGUUGGCCAAAGAAUCAAUGGAAUUGCCAUUUUUUUAGAGUGAGGUUUUGAAAAGGUGUAUUGUAACAAUCAAUUAUCUUAGCCAUUGAUGUUUGAUCAUUUUAUGUUAGAUGUUUACUCAAUGUAAGAACCACAGAUAGUGUGCAAAUGAAUAAUGUUGUGCCUUCUUGAAUUUGGGAUGUAGCUUGAAACGUGUGGUUGGCAAACUGCAUUAGGUAUGGAAUCUCUUUUAUUUGGACACAUUCCUGCUCUGUUUUCCUAUAGCCCUGGUCAUUGCAAUUAAUAUAAAAUUCAAGAUAAUUCUACCAAAAUAAUUCUAAUUAUCAGUGCAUAUUAGGAAUCCCUGCUGUUUUCCUAUAGCCCUGGUCAUUGUAAUUAAUAUUAAAUUUCAGAUAAUUCUAACAAGGGAUAAUUUUAACAAAACAACUCUUAAUUAUCAGUGCAUAUAAGGAAUUUAAUUUCCAAAUGCUAUGAGCUUUAAAACUAUUUUAAAUCGCAUGUACUAUUUGUUCUCUAAAAUCUUUUUAAUAUUUAUGUCAUAAAAUGGAUUUCAAAGUGAGUAAUGGCCAUUUUAAAAUUAAUAUUUGUCCUUUGCAUUAUUGAUAGGCAAAUUUAAUUUUCACUCGAACAGUACUUCUAAAUAUUCUCUGGUAUUUCUUUUCUAUCUAUAUGAGCGUUUCACCUAGUUGUAUAAAUAAUUAGAUUAAAAAAAUUAGUCAUUUUAUUGAAAGCCUCAGAUGUGUAUUAUUGGAUGUUUUUACAGUGUUUUUUGACAGUCUGUGGUUGUUUGAGCUUCAGAGGCCUAAGUGUACUUUUAUUUUACACUACAGUGUGCGACAGGUCAAUAGGGUGUUCUUUUUCUUUCAGUGUACCGUCCAUAAAGAAGUAUAUACAAAAAAUAGUAAACACACACACAAUCAAGAGAAAAAUAGAUUUAAACAACCAUCAUUACUUUGAAUGUUUGCUGGUGCAUCAUGACAAUUAGAAUUGGGCGCAAUGUAAUUGAUUGCAUGAUUGUGAUAAAGAUUGGAUAUACUCAUUACUUUUAAGUCUUCAUUAAUAGUUGCGAUUUGAUUAUAAUUGUAAUCUUAAAAUAUGAUUGCGAAUUAUCACUAUUAAAAUAGUGAUCGGUAACUACGAUUGCUUAUAAAUCAAUUACAUUUCUGCCCAACUCUAAUGACAAUAUACUCUAUUAGAUUAUAUUUUGUACAUAAUUAUAAAAAUAUAUAUCAGAAUGAAAAUACAAAAUGGGAAUGUUUUAGAAGAAAAAAAAAUUGAAACUAGAUUUGUAACAAAAUAUUUUUAGAAUGUUUAGAUUUCAAUCGACGGCAGAAAUUGUGAUGGUUAGAAUUUCAGCAUAAAAAUUCUGCUUCAAUGCUUAUUUUUUCAAUUUCAGAAAAGUUCGCUUGUCUAUAAAUCAAAAAGCCUUUUUUUGUUAAGUUAAACGAAAAAUUAACAAAACAAAAGAGGAAUUCGCAAUGGAUUUUUUUAUGAUGCAGUCAUCUUCAUAAGCACUCGAGCACUUUUUUUAAAAAAUUCUUUAAGUGUUUUCUCUGUAGAUUAAAGUGUCUUUUUUAAUCAAUAAUAGUGUUGAAGUAAUAUGAAUGACUUCAUUGUUAUGUAUAUAUUUUCCUUAAUAUUGAGAUGUUCAUUUAAAUUAUAUAUAAAUUUUGUUUAAUUCACUGAAUUGUUCUUAUCUUUCAAAGUGCGUUUUACAUUGUUAACUAGUUUACAUUUAUUUAUAAAAUGUACAUUGUUGUUCCUUUACAGCACUGUAAGUGUAUAAUUAUUAAAUGUUAAUAGAUUUAA